AAGAGUACUAUUGAGGUGGUGAGGAUCUCAACUCUGCAAAUGGUUGUUGGGAAGAUGACAACUUUCCAUGCCCGCCAAAUCCAAAAAAGAAUUUGUUCCCUACCCUUCAAACCCUCUCCUCGUAAAAACAGCCAUAAAUCCAAUCCCAACGUUGUUAACUUAUUCCACUUCUCGUCCUUUUCUUCAUCAGCCGGCCUAUCAAUCAUCAACCCAUCUUCCCAUUAUCCCAUCCUCAACACCUUCUCUUCAGUUCGGUUAAUUCGGUUAUAUGGGUUGCGUUCAGGGAAAGCCAUCACCGUCACCGGGUUAUAACAGUCAGCAGUCACGUGGUCGUAGCAAUACAAGUUUAAAUAAGUUGAAGAGUGAUAAUGGGUAUGUUGUUACUGGUGCAAAACAGAAUGUUGCACAGAAGGUGUUUGUUGAAAUGCCUGUGAAGGAGAAUAGUGUUAAGAAAGGUGAGGUUGGUGGUGGGGGUGAUGGGAAAGGUGGUGGUGGAGGUGAGAAGAGAGUUGGGGUUGGGAAAAAGAUCGGUUCGGAUGAGUUGGUUGAUGGAUGGCCUAAGUGGCUUGUGGAGAAUAUUCCGGGUGAAGUUUUGGCUCGGUUGGUUUCGAAAACGGCUGAUUCGUAUGAUAAGCUUGCUAAGAUAGGCCACGGAACCUAUAGCAACGUCUACAAAGCUCGAGACAGGGACACGGGAAAGAUCGUGGCCUUAAAGAAAGUCCGUUUUGACACAUCAGAGGCCGAGAGCGUGAAGUUUAUGGCAAGAGAGAUUAUCAUUCUACAGAAACUAGACCAUCCAAAUAUUAUCAAGCUUGAAGGUCUUGCUACAUCUAGAAUGCAAUAUAGUCUUUAUCUGGUCUUCGAUUACAUGCAGUCAGAUUUGACCCGAGUUAUUUCUCGACCCGAAGGAAGGCUAACUGAACCUCAGGUAAAGUGCUAUAUGCAGCAGUUGCUGUCUGGUUUGGAACACUGUCACGAGAGAGGAAUUUUACAUAGGGACAUAAAAGGAUCCAACUUGUUAAUAGACGGAAACGGGAUGCUAAAAAUAGCCGAUUUUGGGCUGGCGAACCAGUACAAUCCGAAACAAAAAAAACCCCAAACAAGCCGUGUUGUGACACUUUGGUAUAGAGCGCCCGAGCUGCUUUUGGGCACUACAGAUUAUGGAGUCGGUAUUGAUCUUUGGAGCACGGGUUGUCUCUUGGCUGAAAUGUUUGUGGGCCGGCCGAUCAUGCCCGGAAGAACAGAGGUUGAACAGCUUCACCGGAUAUUUAAGCUUUGCGGAUCUCCAAGUGAGGACUACUGGAAAACAAUUAAACCACCGACAACCUUCAGACCACCACAAAACUAUGUUCCAAGUUUCCAUGAAGCGUUUUCGAAUUUUCCAUCUUCUUCCAUUGGCCUCUUAACCACGCUGCUAGCUCUCGACCCAUCAUCGCGUGGAACUUGCACUUCCGCACUCCAAAACAGUUUCUUCUCUUCAAGUCCGUUAGCAUGUGAGCUCUCGGGUUUGCCUGUUAUCAACAAAGAGGAGGAUGAACCGAUGCAAUUCCAUGAUAGAAACAAGAAUAGAACCUUAAAAUCAAAGCAAAGAAGGGGGAAAUCUCAGAAAGGUCAUGCAAGAAAUGUGUCUUUUUGUGAACUGUCAGCUGACAAUUCUGGAUCAUCUAGAGAGCACGAGAAGCACGUUGACAAGAACUCAACAGGCCAAGAAACAGGCGAAAGCACAAGUAGCAACACAUCGAGCAAAAGGAAAAACGUGCCCUCACCGCCGUUUACUCUCGCCUUUGAUUCAAAUCCUCCCAACAACCGGUCUGCAAUAACCGAAGCUCACCCGAAUGCUUUAAAGAACAUAAAGAAUUUCCCUCUUUUACUCGCGUCUAUCACACAAAGCGUCAACAACGCGGAAGAGAACAGAAAUGGUCUCAAUCGUCGGUCCAUGUCUACUCUUGAUUUUCGACAUCUAGAAAUUGAGAAAAUAUCCAAAAUCUUUGGAUUAGAUGAUGAACAUUAGGGACAUCUUUCUUGUUUUCAUACAUCAUACUUGUCUUUUUGGAUUUGUUUUCUAUGGUUAAGCUACAAAACCAAUAAACAGAUCAUUGUGUGUCCAGAUGGUUUGGUUAGAAGUCGUGCUUCUAUAUAGCAUUUACAUGAUUCAUUAAUGAAAAAAUA